CUCAACUUCAUUAUACCAACUCUACCAACCACAACACAAAAAAAACCCACAGAUCGCUGCCCGGCGGUGGUCUUUACCCUCAAUCCUCCCUUCAUAACCAUCAGAUCACUUUCGAGUGGUCUGUCCAACCGCCAAGACGUUUUCCAACUUGUUGCCCUCGUCUCACCACCCGUUCAACGGUAGCCGACGCUCUUCCCCUCCUGGAGGAGCAUCGGAAGCACCCAAAACACAGUAAAUUGGCUAUAAAUUAGACCACUGCGUCAAACCUCAAUACUCUUUUUUCCAAUCACUCUUUGGCCAAUUUCAAGCCUUUCCAAAGACGCCAUGGCACCUCACGCAGAAGUCGGCGUCGGCUCCAUGAACGGGUACAGUGCAACCGCAACUUCCUCACCGCAGGACUUUUUCACCGUCGACUCGCCCAAUGUCAAGUACACCGACGACAAGAUCGAAAGCAAGUAUGUCUAUCGCACCACUGCUGUCACCAAGGGUGCCGAUGGCAAGUACAAGGCCGCUCCCAAGGAAACCGUCUACGAUUUCCAGGUCGACCGCAAGGUUCCCAGGACCGGUAUGAUGUUGGUGGGCUGGGGUGGCAACAACGGUUCCACCGUCACCGCAGGUAUCAUCGCCAACCGCCGCAACCUCGCCUGGGACACCCGUGAAGGUCCGCGCGCCGCCAACUACUACGGCUCCGUCAUCAUGGGCUCGACCAUGAAGUUGGGCACCGAUGCCGAGACUGCCGAGGAGAUCAACAUCCCCUUCCACAACGUCUUGCCCAUGGUGCACCCCAACGACCUGGUCGUCGGUGGCUGGGACAUUAGCAGCAUGAACAUUGCCGCCGCCAUGGACCGCGCUCAGGUCCUGGAACCCACAUUGAAGGCCCAGGUGUACAAGGAGAUGUCCCAGAUGAAGCCAUUGCCAAGCAUCUACUACCCUGACUUCAUUGCCGCCAACCAGGGUGAUCGUGCGGACAACGUUCUGCCAGGUUCCAAGGCGUGCAUGGCUCACGUGGAACAGAUCAGAAAGGACAUCAGCGAUUUCAAGGCGCAAAACAACUUGGACAAGGUCAUUGUCAUGUGGACCGCCAACACGGAACGUUAUGCCGACAUCAUCCCCGGCGUCAACGACACUGCCGAGAACUUGAUGAAGGCCAUCGAGACCGGCCACGAAGAAGUCUCUCCUUCGACCGUCUUCUCUGUGGCUUGUAUCCUCGACAAGGUCCCCUUCAUCAACGGUUCUCCUCAGAACACCUUUGUGCCAGGUGCCAUCGACCUUGCUGAGAAGCACGGUGCGUUCAUCGGUGGUGAUGACUUCAAGUCUGGCCAGACCAAGAUGAAGUCCGCAUUGGUUGACUUUUUGAUCAAUGCCGGUAUCAAGCUCACUUCCAUCUCCAGCUACAACCAUCUGGGCAACAAUGACGGCAAGAACUUGUCGUCGCAGAAGCAAUUCCGCUCCAAGGAGAUCUCCAAGAGCAAUGUUGUCGACGACAUGGUCGCAGCCAACUCUGUCUUGUACAAGAAGGACGAGCAUCCGGACCACUGCGUCGUAAUCAAGUACAUGCCAGCAGUCGGCGACAACAAGCGUGCUCUCGAUGAGUACUAUGCUGAGAUCUUCCUUGGUGGUCACCAAACCAUCAGCAUCUUCAACGUGUGCGAGGACUCUUUGCUCGCAUCGCCAUUGAUCAUUGACUUGGUCGUUGUCGCCGAAAUGAUGACUCGUAUCUCAUGGAAGAGUGAAGCAGCUGGUGAUUACAAGGGUUUCCACAGUGUAUUGAGUAUCUUGAGCUACAUGCUCAAGGCACCGCUCACUCCUCCUGGCACGCCUGUCGUCAACGCCUUGGCCAAGCAGCGAAGUGCCUUGACCAACAUCUUCCGUGCCUGUGUCGGUCUUCAACCCGAGUCCGAUAUGACCCUCGAACACAAGCUGUUCUAGGUUAGUAUCUGACAGAAUAUCUCGGGUCAAGGUUGCAAGUAAUGUGUGUCACAAAAAAUUCCAUGGCAGUCUUUUGUUGUGGUGUUGAGCCCUAAUUUUCGGGGAGACUAGACAGUAUGAAAGGGGUUGAGGGCGGCUAGACUGCUUUAUGGGCUUUUUUGGGUCUCGAAUUCCUUGCAUUGCAUUGCGAGCAGAGCAGUAGCGGACAUGAUUGGAGGUGGUGUUGUGGGUGAUUCUCAAGAAAGUCUCGAACGAAAUUUCGAGAAUGGUAUGAGAGUCGUUAACUACAUGUGACUCUCCUUGGUUGUCAACCCCCAGGUUGCACAGAUGUCUUUGCUUUUUUGUGUUUUGAUUUUGAUGACAAACUCCAGACAUUCCUUUGAAGGCCAUAAUAGUACAAAGUAGCCUGAAUAACACACAGAGAUACAAUAUAUUGGCUUCUGCUAUA